AUGGAGUCGUUUACAACUGGUGUAGGAAGCAAAUCAAAGCCAUGCAUGAAGUUUUACAGCACUUCCGGUUGCCAGUUUGGUGAGGCUUGCCAUUUCUUGCACUAUGUUCCUGGAUACAGUGCACAUUCCCAGUUAGCAAACAUGGGCAAGAAUCCUAAUGUGCCAGGUGGGAAAAGUGUGCCCUUCAGUGAUGGUGGUCCCUCACCACCAGUCAAGAGCAAGCUCUGCACUAAGUUUGACACUCCGGAAGGAUGCCGGUUUGGUGAUAAAUGCCACUUUGCCCAUGGGAAUGCGGAGCUUGUCAGAUCUAUGGCCCCUGUGUACGGGGAGCCACGAUCAAUGGGACCAAUGAGUAGAUUGGCUGGACGUGUUGAACCAUCCCCGAAAAGCAUGGCGGAUGCUACAGGAUUUGGUACGUCGGCAACAGCAAAGAUCAGCAUUGAUGCCUCUCUUGCUGGUGCUGUGAUAGGGAAGAAUGGGGUGAACUCAAAGCACAUUUGUCGAGUUACAGGUGUGAAGCUUUCUAUGAAGGAGCAUGAAUCUGAUCCCAAUCAGAGGAAUAUUGAACUUGAAGGUAGCUUUGAUCGAAUUAAACAGGCUAGUGACAUGGUAAGAGAGAUUAUUGCAAACAUUAAGGGCGGAUUUGGGCGUGGGAGUGACUCAUCUGCUUCCUUUGGUCGUGCUGUUCCUUCUAGGCAGUUCAAAACCAAAAUGUGUGAAAGAUUUCCGACCGGUUCUUGCACAUUUGGGGAUAGGUGCCAUUUUGCUCAUAGUGCUGCCGAGCUACAAAAGCUUUAA